AUGCCACCCAAAGCGCCCCUCAAUUGGGGGCUAUUGCCCCCGGCUUUUCUUCUGCCGUCAUCAAUAAGGGCUUUGAUUCCAGCACAACCGGCCGCCGCAGCGACUUCCUACACAUGCAUCCGCACCAUCAAAUCCACAAACACGCCGCGACCCGAUCGCUUCGCCCACCGCCCAGGCAAACCAGCGCUAAAUAGCACGUCUGCAGCAGCCCUUGAACGUAAAGCGCACUCGACGCCAUUACGCACUGGUCUUCUAGCUCUCAAGCGUGGCAUGACAGCCAUAUACGACCCCACCACAGGCAAACGCGCCGCCUGCACGGUCCUACAACUCGACCGCAAUGUAGUCGUUGCGCACAAGACAAGAGAAAAGAACGGGUAUUGGGCCGUGCAGAUAGGCGCUGGGCAGAAGGAGGCGAGGAACGUCACGAAACCAAUGUUGGGCCAUUUUGCAAAGGCAGAGACUGCACCCAAGAGAUGGGUCGUGGAAUUCAAGGUCAAGGGCCAGGAGGGGCUGGGUGUGCGGGUUGGUAGAGAGUGUCGGUGCGGGGUGGUUCAAAGAGGGCAUGUGGGUUGAUGUUCGGGGCAUUUCAAGAGGAAUGGGUUUCGCUGGUGGCAUGAAACGUCACGGCUUCAGUGGACAACCCGCAUCCCACGGUCAAUCGCUCAUGCACCGUGGCAUGGGAUCAGCCGGAGGUUCCCAAGGGUCUGGAUCUCGUGUGCUACCCGGUAAGCGCAUGGCCGGAAGAAUGGGCAAUGAGAGCGUCACGGUCAAGAACUUGAAGGUCAUGCAGGUCGACGAGGAGAAUGGCAUUGUGGUAGUCAAUGGCUGCGUACCUGGGCCUGAAAAACCAGGUGAUCAAGGUGCAGGAUGCGUUGGGUAAGCCAUGGCCUGAGGGCCCCAUGAGUGUCAAGAAAUCGCAGCCUAGCGGAGGUUUCGCAGACUGUUGUGGAAGAAACCCCGGCGGCAACAGCGACUGCCUAAGGUGUACAGGAGGCGGGAGGAUGUACAAUAUACCACAUAACACUGGUGGCGUCACCCCAUUAGUGGCACUGUAGGGUAGGCAUGGAUAGAUUUUGAAUUGUACGAACAUGUAACAACGAAAC